AUGGGUUUUCUCCGCCGCCCACCGCCAUCUCGAAAGCAAGCAGAUUCACCAUGGAUCUUGCUCCAUCACCGUCUGUACUCCCUUCUCGGUUGUUUUAACCGAAGACCUACCUCCCCGGCCUUGCACCCCCUCGGGCUUCUAUCGAUCUUCAGCAAAAAAUCCAUCGGAAGCUCGAACAACCACCGACCUCGUCUACACUCACAACCUUACAAGCUCGUCGAUUUCAGAGCGUCAGCUUGGUUUUGUCGAAUAGAGGCAAGGAGAGACCUGUCACCUUCAGAUCCACUGCUCUCCUCCCUCUGGCUAUCAACCGGCGAGCCCCCUUGCAGAUCCUUUGUUUCCGCUGGGAAAAAUCCGAUCAAGCGGCUCCGAUUCUCCACUUCUCCAUCCUCCGGCCAAGUGAAAAAAGAUUAG